UCAUCUCAUUCUCUCUUCUCUAAUCUCCACCCACCUUCCUUGCUCUUUCUUUCUUACAUUUCUAUUCAAUUCCUUGUCUUUACCCUUACCUCUAUAUAUAAUCCACACCAACCACACUUCAAAUACCUCUUGAAAUUGAAUCACUCAUUCAUAUCCAAUUUUACAGAGGAACAUGGAGGUGAUGGUAGCAUCAGCAGCUAGUCCCAGUGGAAGCCCCACCAGGGACCAUUUCAAUUUCAUGCCAUAUCUCAGUGCCCCUUCUUCACCCAAGCGUUUUGGUGAAGAUUUCUACCUCAGUGCCCCUACAAGCCCAUCAAGCUUCUACAGCCAGUUUGAUUACUUUACAGGAUCCAAUCUUGAUGGUGAUUGUGACGGUGGCGAUGAUGGGUUUGCGUUUUCUGUUGGUGGGGGGUCGGAGACACCGUCACGUUCAGCUGAGGAGCUUUUCCACGGUGGCAAAAUCAAGCCUCUGCAUGAAUCUUCUAGAACACCGCUUCUCUCUCCGAGGAGAUCUUCUCCGAUUGCCAAAGGGAAGAAGGCGGUUAUAGAAGCCUUUUCACCGAGGAGGAAGAAAGAGGUGGCGGAGAGCGACGGUGGAGGAGGAGAGAGAAGAGGGAGGGAUCGAACUCCGGCGGGUUCAGAAACUUCUUCCUCUGCUUCAAAAUCCGGUCGCAGAGUGACCAGGUCGCUCUCUCCAUACAGAGUAUCUCACUACACAUGGGAGGAAGAACAUCAACAGAGGCAGAGAACCAAGGAGGAAAAGUCCGAUUUGAAUUCUGCUCCGGCCACCGCAGCUUCUUCUUCUUCACUUUCUUCCACUUCCAAAGGUUCUUCCGGCAGAAAAUGGAGGUUGAGAGAUUUCUUGUUGUUCCGAAGCGCCUCUGAAGGGAGAGGUUCAAGCACAGACCCACUGAGGAAGUUCCAUCUCUUCUACAAGAAAGGUGAAGAAGUGAAAGCUUCUUCUUCUACUUCAACGAGUUUCAGAGGAUCUGAAACUCCGAGGUUGAGAAGAAAGGAACCUGUUUCUGCACAUGAAUUGCACUAUGCUAGAAAAAGAGCAGAAACAGAGGAUUUGAAGAAGAGAACAUUCUUGCCAUACAAACAGGGGAUUUUGGGAAGAUUGGCUGGACUAGGAUCAAUCACAAGAUAGAUGAUAGAUUCAACUUCCAACAUCAAAUACAAUUCUUUUUUUCUUUUUCUUUUUUAAUCUUUUUACAUGGUGAAGUAACUUGUCUUCAUUUGUUGAAAACUUGAUAUUAUAAUAUAACUUUUAUUUUUUGUUUAUAAAA